AACAAAACCAACCCAUCCAUCUUUCACUUUCUCUCUCCUCUUUACUGUCAUACAUAUCAUGCACAUAGCACCUUUUCUAAACUUUUUAAACCACUCUUCUUCCCUUCAUCUCUCUCUAAGUUUUCUAUGUCAGAUCUCCCUGUGUUGUUUUGGAUUUACUCAUCUCCUCCCUAGUUACUAGAUAGUCUUUUUCAUCAUUUGACUUUUUCAUUUUCCAAUCUCUCCUACAAAAACUCAUCAUUUAGAAAAUUUCUUUCGCCGCGUAUCACGCUAUACCCUUUACAUAAUCUUCAUUCCAUUCAUACCCCUCUUACUAAAAACAAAGUCUUUUACCGUAGAAAAUGGCGAAUGGGUUGGAGAAAGAAACUGGGUUCACCAUGUUCAGUGAUGAUGAACUGAAGGAUGUUAAUGGGGUGAAGAGAGUUGGAGAAUAUGUUGAAGUAAUGUGCGGUUGUACCAGCCAUAGAUACGGUGAUGCUGUUGGAAGGCUUAGGGUUUUCGUUAAUGGUUACCUUGAAAUCACAUGCGAAUGCACCCCUGGUUGCCAAGAAGACAAGUUGACUCCUUUUGCAUUCGAGAAACAUUCUGGAAGAGAAACAGCAAGAAAAUGGAAGAACAAUGUGUGGGUAAUAGUUAACGGUGAGAAAGUUCCUUUAUAUAAAACAGUUCUUCUCAAAUACUACAAUCAAGCAUUAAGAACAACCAAUGGAUCACACAAAUCACAAAAUGGACGAGCGUGCCACCGCGAUGAGUUUAUCCGUUGUACCCGAUGUAACAAAGAGCGUAGAUUCCGUCUGAGAACUAAAGAAGGUUGCCGCAUUCACCAUGAUGCUUUGGCUGAUCCAAACUGGAACUGUUCUAAUCUUCCAUAUGACAAAAUUACAUGUGAUAAUGAAGAGGAAAGAGGAAGUCGAAGGGUUUAUAGAGGAUGCACUCGUUCUGCAGCAUGUAAAGGUUGCACUUCUUGUGUAUGCUUUGGGUGUGAGAUAUGCCGUUUUUCAGAUUGUACUUGCCAAACUUGUACUGACUUUACCAGGAAUGCCAUUGUCAAAACUUGAGUUCUCAUUAUGCCUUAACUGCUGUUUUUUUUAGUAUCCUUUUGUUCUUAUGGACUUAAUUGCUAGUCCUAUUUAAGUGUUUAAGGUUCUGAUGUACUUCUUUAUUAAUUAUUUUCCAUUAAAUGAUUGGACCUCUUUAU